UCCAAAAUUCGAAGGACACGUACAAGAAAAUAUAUCCCAUUCCAUUCCUCGACACCCUUCUUGUCCAAGCUUAGAACCAAAACCAAACCACCCCAAUCCAACUGCCAUUAAUUCCAUUAUCUCCUUAUAAACCUUGCCUGCCUCCUGCUUCUCUCUCGCCCACACACACCACUCUACUCACUCUCCGACCAACAGUGCAAACGCCGGCGGCGAUGAGGUACGGCGAGGUGGCGCACUUCAGCCACCCACAGCACCGUCUGCGUCUGGAGCACUCGGAGACGCCGUUCCGGUGCGACGGUUGCCGGGAGGUCGGCAUCGGGGCGCGGUUCCGGUGCCCGUACCGGGGCUGCGACCACGACCUGCACCGGCAGUGCGCGCUGCCGGCGUCGCCGCCGCCGCCGCCGCUGCGGCACCCGUUCUACCCUCGCUGCGCGUUCGUGUUCCUGGCGCGCGCGCCGGGCGGGGGACCCGGGACCCGGUACUGCAACGCGUGCGGCCGCGACGUUGCCGGCUACGUCUACCACUGCCGCGCCUGCGGGUUCGACCUGCACCCGUGCUGCGCCGCGCUGCCGCACGCGCUGGACGCCGGCGGCGGGGUCCGGCUGUACCUCCACCCGGACUCCAGGGCCGCCGGCGUGCCGCCGUGCCACCGGUGCGGACACCGGGGGCGAAGCUGGAGCUACCGGAGCCAGUGCAGGUGCUACAGCCUCCACGUGGCGUGCGUCAUGGACAUGCUCGUCGAGAGCUGGCACGGCGUCGGGCGGCGCAAGGGCGCCGGCGGUGCCGGCGCGAACGUGUACGACGGCGGGAUGGUGGUGCCCGGGAGUGGCGGGUACAGGGUGCCGGCGAUCAGGGGCGCGGCGAAGAGCAGCCACGCCGGCAGGGGGGGAGGAGGAGGGUACUCGUACUGGGGCAGGAAGAAGGGCAAGGUGAAGCGCUGCUGCGAGAUCGCCGGGUUCGCCGCGCAGGUGGUCAUCUCCGCCGUGCUCGGCGACCCCACCGCGCUCAUCGCCGGCGUCAUAGGCUCGCUCAUCGCUGGGUGACAGACGGACGCCGGCCUAGUAGAAGGACGGAGACAGAUCGAUCUUCGAUCAUGAAAAAAAAAUGUACGUAUGCCGUGCGCCGCCGUCGCCUGUUCGUGCAUGCACGGCCAUGUAGGUAGACACUUCGUGGCGAAUUUAGCUUGAGACCGUGUUCACCUCUCUAAAAAGUCAUAACUGAAAAUAUUGUUCGCUAAUUUAUUAUAUAAAAGAAAAAUAUGGUUGACUGUUAAAAGAAAAA